GCGUCGGUGAAAGGCGGUAUUUUGUGUAAUGCUGCUAUAGUUUAGUCUUUGGGCGGUGGCGUCGCUCGUGCGUGCUCGAUGCAUCGAUGCGUCGCUCGUGCGUGCGCGGUCUGUGCGGGUGCUCUUGAUCUCACCCGAGCACGGCAAGUUUUGCCCUCCCGUAUUCCAUCUGGGCUGCCGCAGCAGCGCCCGGGCAGCGUGAUGGCGCCGCGCAAGAAAGACAAAGCCAAGGUAGCCGCGCGCAAGCACAAGCGAGCAGGAAAGGAUGUACUCAGGGAGAUCUAUGACAUGUGCCCCGGGGAAGCAGGGGUAACUCAGAACGGGAAGGAAUUUAAAGUACUUAGUCGAAAACUGAUCUUGCUGCCGGAGUCCCUCGGCACGCUCGAGGGGCUGGAGGCAGUCAACUUAUCGUGCCCGCAACUGCUCGAGCUACCGGACACAAUCGGCGGGCUCAAAGCGCUGACCUUUCUCGACUUGAGUGGAUGCGAGAGCCUCACCAAAUUGCCGGCCGCGAUAGGCGAGCUCGGCGCGCUGACGGGGCUCUACUUGGAAGGGUGUUCGAGCCUCGCCGCGCUGCCGGACUCCAUCGGUAAGCUCGGCGCGCUGACGACGCUCACCUUGUACGGGUGCUCAAAACUCGCCGCGCUGCCGGCCGCGAUCGGAGGGCUCGGCGCACUGACGGGGCUCAGUCUGCAAUCGUGCUCGAGCCUUACCGCGCUACCGGACGCGAUCGGUGAGCUCAAAGCGCUGACGGAGCUCUACUUGGCCGGGUGUUCAAGCCUCGCCGCGCUUCCAGAAUCGAUCGGCAGGAUGUCAUCACGAUUGACGCUCACACUGACCGACUGCACGAGCCUUGUGGCUCUGCCGGACACUCUUGUUGAACCCGGGACAAAUAGACCUUUGGUUCUUGGCUGGAACGAAACGACGGUGACUCUUGACGAAGGGACACGUGCGUCGGUCAUUACGGUCCCCGGCGUCACACCGGCCACCGACGCCGACGAGGCCGAAAAAUGGGAGGACCUGCACUUAAUGCGGCGCAAGCGGGAUGAGUGGGCCAGGGACCAACCUGAAGAGGAGCACGAGGCUGAGGUCGAACGGAAAGCUCUGGAAUCUUGGGAGGAUGAGGGUUCAUUAUCCGACACCCAGAGGCCACUUCUGAGACGACUCCGGCGGCGCGUAUGCGACACCUGCGGACGGCAGGGCACGCUAGAGGUGGAGCGGUUUCCCGUCUGUUACUGCGGCGCUCGGCGGUACUGCGACGAAGAAUGCCAGCGGGUCGAUUGGCUAACUGGCCACUCGAAAACGUGCGCGUCCGGUCAUACCUUUCCUCCCGGUCCUUUGGGUGGGCUGCGGGAGUCCAAGAAAAGGGCGUCCGACUCCAAGGAAGCCAAGGAGUGCUACGAGAGAUUUCGAGACCUGAUAUUUUCGCAGUACCCGCCCCCCGCCGAUCGACCGCGCUAGCUAAUUGCGUAGUAGUUCCUUAUUCAA